AUGUCAGAAAGCAACAGAAUCGCAGUGCAUGACGCUGGAAUCCUGUCGAAUUUAUUGCCUUGCCUGACUAGGAAGGACAUCGAAGAACCAGAAAGUGCAUUGCUGAGGAAACUAUGCGAGUCUUUACUACCUCUCGGUACGCGCCGUCUGGAAGAAACAGCUCAGAUCUUCAAGUUAGCCUGUGAGGAAGACUUCGUAAGGGAACUGUUACUAGAAGCUUUACAGAAGUCUAAGCAGCCUCCAGCUAUUCAGUUCGACUUGUCACAUUCAGGGCACUGUUCAAUUGAGCUUGCAUCUUUGCCACGAUCGUUUCCUCCUGCCACCGGAUAUACGUUCUCGUCCUGGAUUAAGAUUGAUCAAUUCGACUCGGCCUGCCACACAACAAUUUUUGGAGCAUUCGACGCCAGCCAGACAUGUUUUGUCCUUGUGUAUAUCGAAAAGGAUACUCACCAGCUGAUCUUGCAAACGUCUGUCACGGCAAAAAGACCAAGCGUGCGAUUCAAAAAGUUCAGGUUUGCAGCUGCAGAGUGGUAUCAUAUUGCUAUCGUGCACCGCCCUUCGAGGACUACCGGUCUUAAUCCAGCUAUCCUUUAUAUUAAUGGGCGCUGUAUAGAAGAGCAACAUUGUCCUUACCCAGAAGUACCGCCUCUCGUACCAGAAGUUCGCGCUCCUGUUCCUUCUCAGGUUGUUAACACCACCCGAAGACCGGUGCAAGCUUUCUUCGGCACGCCACAAGACCUUGCCUCCCAAGCAGGCGAUCGAGUCUUAAAUAUGAAGUGGUCUCUUGCAAGCGCUCAUUUGGUUGACACAUCACUUUCUCCAGAGCUUGUUGCAGUUCAUCAAAAGCUAGGGCCCCGUUAUUGUGGCAACUUUCAAGACUGUGUCGGACCAUUCUUGACCUACCGUGCUUCGGCCGAGCUCAACAGAUAUAACGAGAUGUUACACGCAGAUAGAGACGACAAAUCUGAGAUUGUGAAGGCUACACAAUCCCACGGCAGCGAAUUGCUUCCCGAAGGGAAACUAUUGAUCAGUCUAUCAGCCUCCGCAAUCAUAAACACGAAUGGCCUUCUGGCGAAUGGUGUCAAUAUUGCAGACAUGCUUGACGAAAAAGCCACUGCACAUCUCCAAUCUCUUACGCGCAACGGCAACUCUCUGUUGUUGAAUGCGGCGAGACCCACGAUUAAAGAAGCCAUUACAAGAUCUUAUGGAGCCGCUGUGAUCACUGGUCAUCCCAUCUUGACUCUCACUCGCGGUCUGGAUGAUGGUAGUUGGCAGAUUGGCGGUUGCUUGUCCAUCAACAUGAAGAUAAUCCAGAGUGCAACAACAGCUGAUUCUCUCGUCACAUCGGUAGAGAUACUCUUCCAGUGUAUAUUGGACAACUGGCGGACCAGCGAAGUCAUGGAAAAGGAUAAUGGGUUUGGCAUCCUAGCCGUUCUUCUGAGAGAGAAACUUGGAAUACAUACCAGCGGCUCUGGUAGCAGUAGGACCGUCCCAGUAGCCAGGACUGUGCAAGAGAAAGAAGAGUUGGCUUCGAGACUUCUCCAAAUUGUGCUGGCAUUUGUCGGCUACGAUAUCAAGCAUCCCGAGAAAUCUUUGCUCAUCAAUCCCAUGGCUUAUAGGGUCCUCCUGGUAGAUUUCGACACAUGGCGGACGAUAAGUACUGAAACUCAGAAACUCUAUUACCAACAGAUUGCUGGUUUCGUCUGGAAGAACAACAACCAGACGUUCAACAUGAAGCGCUACAAUAAAAUGAGAGUCGUUCGCAGGUUUCUGGACGCUCUGAAGGUCGACCCAAUCAGCUCCGAAGUCUUACCCGAGAUUUUGCAUGCUCUGAGAGCUCUCAGUCUCUGCAAAACGGCACACCUGAAUCAUCGAGAUAUUGCUACAUUCAUCACCUACGCGCUACACGACGAUAGAGCUCUUCAAUCAGCCAAUCCAUUGUUGAGAACACCUCGCAACAGAUCUACAUCAAUUAAGUCGCUGACCCCUCGACUGAUCACGCCCGAAACAGCCAGUCCGACGUCAAGUCCACCGCCUAGACUCAGUCAAUCCAAUCUGGGUGUCAGCGUUGUCGAGACAUACUCGGAAGUUUUGUGUGGUUUUGAAACUAGUACACAUAUCAAGCGCUUUGAUCAGCAGGUACCAACACGAUGGAUACUCCAUUUAUUGGCAGAGCCUGAUGCUCGUGUUGUUGCUUCGACACUAUCAAUCAUAUCAAGGGCUAUCGUGGAGAUUCCUAGCUUCAAGCCCAAAUUUGCGGAGAAGAACAAUGGCUUCACAACAUUACAAGCUCGAUUACGAAGCCAUUGGACAUCCCCGAAAGUGUGGAUGGGGUGUUUUGCCAUACUCUUCGGACGUCCUUUUGUUUGCCAAGAGGAUGUGGAUGAUCUGACUAUAUUCCAUCUUAUGGAAGCGUUCAUGCAGCAAGGAGACACCGAGAUACGGCAUCCCGAGAUAUUCCCAGCGAUAUCAGGCAUGCUAGAAUCAGGACUCCGAGCUGUUGUGAAAGACUCUGCGAAGCAAAAAGACAGCGAGGUGGCCUCUGAGCUCAAUUCAAUCCCAAAGACAAUCACCCAGUUCCUUACGGACGUGCAUGCUCGGAGCAGGUCAUUCCGCGAUUUCGCCGUUGACUCUCAUUAUGUGCAGGAGCUACUCUUCGUACUAUUCCCACUCAUCACCAGCGCGGAUCGACUGAGUGCAUCUGCCGAGUUGGCCUCAGAGAGUCCACUAAAUUUCCAGGGUCGUGACGUCGUCCUAAGACCUCACUCCAAUUCACUGGGCGAGCGCCCGGCUGUACUCAGAAGCGGUUCUAGUAGAACACUACCUACACAGGGCCGUACACCCCAGUUACAGAUUCCUCGUAGGACGUCGUCUUUCGUCUUCGUCAACCCCGCUGCAUCAGAGGUCAAGCAAUCUACUGUCUCCACUCGCUUCAAUGCGAUAAUGUCACCUACAACAAGUACACCCGUCAAGAUCAAUGUUGGUAAUGCAGUUGUCGAAUCAUUACUCGAGCUCGUGGUUAUGGUAUACCUUGAGCAGGUUUCACAGCGCAAAGACUUUGCCGGUUUCGGUCUGUUUCUCAAAGUCCCACCCGGCUUCCAGGAACAUCAAGCAUACUUUGAGUCGUACGUUCUGCUUCAUACGAUGCAUCAGUUGUGGAACUACCUUCAACUGAAUCAAGAGUUGAUGGUCGAGCCCAGAACUUUGACGAACUUGGCCCGGUAUAGCUUACACAUGGCUGAGGCUGUGUUCGAGGGCUGGUUCAUUGAUGGAGCUCAACCGCUGCUUGACUUUACUGGCAAGGCAUUGGAGUAUCUGCAACAGCCAGCUGUUUCGUCAUCAAAAGGCGUGAGGUUGUGUUCCCAAGCAGUGUCCACCCUACGUUCAGUCUUCCUUCGUGUCACUCUUCUUCGCUUGUCCGAGCUUGAUGAGGCCGAGGAUGAUACAGAUGCUCUUGACUUUUUGAGGAAGAUGACUUAUUGGCAAACCAUCUUGUUCUCACCUCACAACCAGGAGUUACCAUUCAUAAGACUGAUCUGUUAUCUGCUUUACAUCAAGAUGACUUCUCCCUCAUCUCCGGUGCGGCAUGCUGCAGCCUCUUUAUGGAGGAUGUUGCUUGUGCAAAAGCCAACAGAAGCUGCUACCAUUUUGAUACAGAACGCGGAUCCGAAUCAACGUCACAUUUCGACCGGCCUAAUCAAAAUCGCUGCACACGACGACGACGAGCUUCUGCAGUGGAUUGAUCAGAAUCGGAAGCCUUUGGACGAGUUUUUCCAUGAGACUAUGUCCAGAUUCUGGGAUGAAUUCGUCGGCUCCGAAAAUCAGAAAACCGAAGAUUCGGCGAAAAACCGCCUUGCUAAGCGUAGGGAGAAGCUAAAGCAGUGGAAGACAACUGAGACAGAGCUUGACAAUGUCGCGCAUCGAUUUGAGGUUUCUACAAGACACUGGCGAUCCAACAUCCACUCACAGGAGCGACUGAAGUACCAAGGCGCGCUGCAAGAUCAGCAAGAAAAUCUAAACCAUAUACAGACCGUCAUCGCUAGGCUCGAGUCUUUGUUGAAACAGCCUUCAGGCCUCUUCCCUGAAAAAGGACCGCACAAAUGGCAACUCGAUCAAACAGAAUCACGCAAUAGAAUGCGCAUCCGGAUCGUGCCAGAUAUGCGCCGCAAUCAAGAGACCUAUCAGCCGAAGCGUAAAGCCUCUGAGCGAAUGUCCCAGACAAAGCUCCGCAUAGACACACAAGCUCGCCCCAGCCUAUCAGAUAAUAUAAUCUCAGCGGAACCUACACCAACAAGAACUCCUGCCAAUCCCGAUACACCACAAUUCGAGAACACCCCUCCAAGACAACGAGAAGAAUCACUGUCUGGCUCGGCCCUUCUCGAUGGUGAGUUUGAGAUGGUAGACGAUCCCAAAGAUGGCGAGGAAGGCUUUGAAGACAAGAACCGCAAAGUGUUGAAGAGUCUUCAACGUGGCGACCGAGUACAAAACAUAUGCAACGUCUCUCGUGUGGUCGGCUUGGAGGCCUUUGAGGGUCUUCUGAUCAUUGGCAAGAAAUGUUUGUACCUCCAAGACGAUAUGUUCCAACGAUCCGAUGGCGAGAUCGUCAGCGUCCCUCAUGCCCCAGAAGAAGAGCGCGAUCCUUACGUUCAACUCAUCUCGGGCAAGGAGAUCAAGACCAAGAAGAGACAGCGAACUGAAAGAGAGCCUGCAAGACAUUGGACUUGGCAGGAGCUGUUGCACAUCUCGAAACGACGUUUCUUGUUCCGAGACGUCGCUCUGGAAGUAUUCUUCACCGACGGUCGCAGCUACCUUCUGACAUUCAUGACGCCGACAGCGCGCAAUGACGUAUACUCCAAUCUUGCCGGGAAGUCACCACUUGUGUAUGGCUCGUUAUCCUCGUUACCUGCCGAGGAUGCUUGGAGACUCGACUCAUUGAGAAACCCUGAAGAAACACCUCAAAGCUUUGGUUCGAAGUUCGCAAACGUCUUCAAUUCGACAUCCUCCAACGCUGCGACUCGACGAUGGACGCGUGGCGAGAUCUCAAACUUCCAAUAUCUCAUGCUGGUCAACAACAUGGCCGGCAGAACUUUCAACGACCUCACACAAUAUCCUGUGUUUCCUUGGAUUCUUGCAGAUUACACGAGUGAGGAACUGGAUUUGACAGAUCCUCGCAGCUUCCGUGACCUGACUAAGCCGAUGGGUUGUCAGCAUCCUGCACGCGAGUCUGAGUUCCGUGACCGCUAUCGAGCCUUUGCCGAGAUGGGUGAUGAGCAUUCUCCCCCAUUUCACUACGGCACGCAUUACUCUUCGGCAAUGAUCGUCUCCUCGUACCUCAUUCGACUGCCACCAUUCGUGCAGUCCUACCUGCUUCUCCAAGGUGGCAAUUUCGAUCAUGCAGACAGAUUGUUCGACUCUAUCGAGAAGGCUUGGGUCUCAGCAUCGAAAGAAAACAUGACUGAUGUUCGUGAGCUGACACCAGAGUUCUUCUGUCUCCCCGAGUUCUUGCAAAACAUCAACAGUUAUGAUUUCGGCCAGAAGCAGGGCAGUGGGCAAACUAUCAACGAUGUCAUUCUACCACCCUGGGCGAAGGGUGAUCCUCACAUAUUCAUUGCAAAGCAUAGAGAGGCUCUCGAGAGUCCAUAUGUCAGUCAACAUCUCCAAGAGUGGAUAGACCUCAUCUUUGGAUACAAACAACGUGGUGAGGCAGCACUUGAAGCUACCAAUGUGUUCCACCAUCUAUCAUACCAGGGCGCGAAAGAUUUGGAUACCAUGCAAGAUGAAGUUGAAAAGCUUGCAACUAUCGGCAUCAUUCACAACUUUGGACAAACACCUCAUCAGGUCUUCCAGCGUGCGCAUCCCAGAAGAGAAGAAGAAAAACACAGAGUGGAGAGACUUGACACUAUUGCCGAGUCAUUGAUCAAAUUACCGUUCCCGUUGCAUGAGAGUCACGAAAAAGUCACGGCAUUGACAUAUUCACCCAGUCAAGAACGUUUGCUAUGUUCUCCUCCGUGCAAGCUCAAUGUGCCACCUGCUUGCAAGAGCUAUCUGCAAUGGGGCUUUGCCGACAACAGUCUCCGCUUCUUCACUGCCGAUAAUAGAAGAAUGCUCGGCUUGUACGAAAAUCUGCACAUUGGUCAAAUCAGUACUGCGCUAUUCGCAGAUUCAAAGACCCUUAUUACGGGAGGCGCGGACAGCACUAUCGGUGUGUGGACCAUUGGUUUCGGUUCAGAUUCCGUGGACAUACAGUCGAGGACCUAUCUCUUCGGUCAUCGCACUCCCGUCAGCGUCCUUGCCGCCUCUCGCGCUUUCAGCACCUUGGUCUCAGCAUCAACAGAUGGUCAAGUGUACCUUUGGGAUCUCAACCGCUUCGACUGCGUACGAGUGCUUCAAGAAGCAAAUGAUGGUAACCGCACAAUUUCAUGUGCCAAAGUCAAUAAUCUGACUGGACAUAUUGUGCUGUGCAGUGGAGCAUUCGUCCGCGUUCUCACUUUGAACGGACAUCUACUUGUCGAGCAGAAAGUCUGCGAUGUUGAAGACGAUGAAAUCAAAUGUUGCGCUUUUUACGAGGGUGCUGACAAUGAGUGGGUGGAACGUGUGUUGCUCUUUACCGGCCAUAAACGUGGCAUUGUCAAUGUCUGGUCACUGGUCACACUUCGCGAUGGGGCAUGGCAUCUUCAACUCAUCAAGCGAUUGAUGCAUGUGGAGCCUACGCGUGGCGAACCGACUAUGCAAGUCCCAACAAUUACUUGUGUUCUUCCCAUGUCACAGGUCGUAUACACUGGUGAUGAGGAUGGCAAAGUCUACGAGUGGAAUUGUGUUCAAAGGCAUGGAGCUGGACCAUUUGCAGUCUGGCGUUGA